AAGAAGAAGAAGAAGAAGAAACUCAACCCCGAGCCGGAGAAAGUACUCUGUGUGUGUGCGCGCGAGCGCCGGGACAACGGCGUGGAGGGGGGAACAAUAAGUAGCGGACUGUACUGGACUGCCCUGGAAGUUACCUGCCCUGCAGCAGCAGCAGGAGAAGAAGGGUUUCAGUUGCAGACCUCCGCAGGCUGGUGCUUUUUGGACGAGUUUUUUUUUUCCCCCCCCUCCCUCCCCCUCUCAAUUUUUUUCAAACCGCAAACGGAUGUGAAGCGAGGAAGGUGUUUCUUUCUACUCCUAAACUCAGACCCUCCUCUCUGUUCCUUCCAAGCCUAUUUGGCCGAACGCUUUUGAAAAAUCAUCAUAAUAAUAGAAGGCAAGGGAAAGGAGUUGCUUGAUGUUUGAGUGAGAUGGACGUGAGGUUUUAUCCACCGCCCCAGCCCGCCGCCGCCCCCGAUACUCCCUGUUUGGGACCUUCUCCCUGCUUGGAUCCCUACUACUGCAACAAGUUUGACGGUGAGAACAUGUAUAUGAGCAUGACAGAGCCGAGCCAGGACUAUGUGCCAGCAAGCCAGUCUUACCCUGGCCCAAGUCUGGAAAGUGAAGACUUUAACAUUCCUCCGAUUACACCCCCUUCGCUCCCUGAUCACUCACUGGUGCACUUGAAUGAGGUCGAGUCCAGUUACCACUCUCUGUGUCAUCCGAUGAAUCAUAGCAGUCUGCUUCCAUUUCAUCCCCAAAACAUGGACCUACCAGAAAUCACAGUAUCCAACAUGCUGGGCCAGGAUGGAACGCUGCUUUCAAACUCCCUCUCAGUGAUAAAUGGAGGAGAGAAACGGCCUGCCUCUGACUUGGGCAAGAAACCAAAAACUCCCAAAAAGAAGAAGAAGAAGGAUCCAAAUGAACCCCAGAAGCCUGUAUCUGCCUAUGCGUUAUUCUUCCGAGACACACAGGCAGCCAUCAAAGGCCAAAACCCAAAUGCUACAUUUGGUGAAGUCUCUAAAAUUGUAGCUUCAAUGUGGGAUGGUUUAGGAGAGGAACAAAAACAGGUCUACAAAAAGAAAACCGAAGCAGCAAAGAAGGAGUACCUGAAGCAGCUAGCUGCUUACAGAGCAAGCCUCGUAUCCAAGAGCUACAGUGAACCAGUUGACGUUAAGGCAUCUCAGCCCCCUCAGCUGAUCAAUUCCAAACAGUCAGUGUUCCAUACGCCCACCCAACCUCACUCGGCACUCUAUCUUAAUUCCCACUACCAUCAGCAAACAGGGAUUAAUCCUCACAUCACUGCCAUGCAUCCCAGUCUCCCCAGGAAUAUAGCCCCCAAGCCCAACAACCAAAUGCCAGUGACUGUUUCUAUAGCCAACAUGGCUGUGUCUCCUCCUCCUCCUCCCCUUCAAAUCAGCCCACCUCUUCACCAACACCUCAACAUACAGCAACACCAGCCAAUUACAAUGCAGCAGCCAAUUGGAAACCAACUACCAAUGCCGGUCCAGUCUGCCUUACACUCACCAACAAUGCAGCAAGGAUUUGCUCUCCAGCCUGACUAUCAGUCGAUUAUCAACCCCACAUCUACGGCUGCACAAGUUGUUACCCAAGCAAUGGAGUUUGUGCGCUCAGGGUGCAGAAAUCCUCCAGCACAGACUGUGGACUGGAAUCACGACUACUGUAGUAAUGGGGGCAUGCAGAGAGACAAAGCAUUGUACCUUACCUGAAAAUUGGAAAAACCUCUUCUUUCCACUGAGGAAUGCAGGGAAGUUGUUUCAUCAUGGAUUGCUUUGUGCCAUCAAGGCAGUUCUGCAUUUUAUUAGAAAAUACAAGUUGCUAAGCACUUAGGACUAUUUGAGCUUGUGGGUCACCCACUCUGGAAAAAGAUAGUCAUGCUUCUUUCUUUAUUGUUUGAUUCUUUUUUUUUUUCCUGAAAUCCUUUACGGACAUUGUUUUUUCUUCUUCCCUGAAGGAAACUUGGACCAUUCAGAUUUUAUGUUGGGUUUUUUUUUUUGCUGUGAAGUGCUGCGCUAGUAACUGCCUUAGCAACUGUAGAUGUCUUGGAUAAAAGUCCUGGAUUUUCCAUUGGUUUUCAUAAUGGGUGUUUAUAUGAAACUACUAAAGACUUUUUAAAUGGCUUGAUGUAGCAGUCAUAGCAAGUUUGUAAAUAGCCUCUAUGUUACACUCUCCUAGAGUAUAAAAAUGUGAAUGUUUUUGUAGCUAAAUUGUAAUUUGAAACUGGCUCACACCAGUUUAUUGAUUUCACGAAAGGGGUUAAAUUGGCAAACAUUCAUAUUUUUACUUCAUUUUUAAAACAACUGGCUAAUAGUUCUAUAUUUUCAAAGUAUUUGGAAAAAAAGAUGUUCCCAAAUGAUUUUGAUUUAAAAACAAAUUGGCUUUGUCUCAUUGGGCAGACCAAAAUGGUGUUGGGGGAAGUGCAAACACAUUUAUUUUGUACUGCAGAGAAAAAAAAAUGCUUUCUUUUGUAUCACUUUUUGUGUAAUGGUUAGUAAAUGUCAUUUAAGUCCUUUUAUGUAUAAAACUGCCAAAUGCUUACCUGGUAUUUUAUUAGAUGCAGAAACAGAUUGGAAACAGCUAAAUUAUAACCUUUACAUAUGGCUCUGUAUUAUUGUUUCUUCAUACUGUGUCUGUAUUUAAUCUUUUUUUAUGGAACCUGUUGGGCCUAUUUAUGAAAUAAUAAAUAUAGGUGUUUGUAAGUAAAUUUGUUAGCAUUUUAAAGAGGGUUUCUUUGAUGUUUUAACUUUUGCUGGCAAAAAAAAAAAAAUAUUCACACCUGGUGUGAAUACUUUAUUAUUUAGUUUUUACAGUGACAUGAAUAAAGCCAAACCUGCUUUUCAUUUAGCAGCCAAUGAAAGUAACCCAUCUUAUUUCUGCAUUUCUUCAGUUGAUUCUAAAGGAAAAGAGCUUCCCCUCUCAUUACAAUGUAACAGGGAAUUACCCUCAACUAACACACAGGCAGGAAUCGAACCAACAGAAACAAAAGGUCCCUCGUCUGUAGAGAGUUGCUUCGUGGAUCUCAGUCGGUUUUAGCCAACAAGGUAAAUUAUUUUUUUUGAAAGAUUCUGACAAGGCUAGAGUUUCUCCAACUGCCUUCAGUAGAAGUCCAGAUUGCAUAGAACAACUGAGUGACAUAGGAGGGAGUGAAGGAGGAAAUGUAACUGUUUAAAUGCACCCUCCAUUAAGAGAUAAUUAGGCAGUGGGGAAAAGGACUGAAAACAGACCCCUAAAUGGGUUAACUCCAUGCUGGCCUUUGCUCUCCACCUGCGCCUCCUCCCACUUCCUUUACUCUUCCUACCUGUGAGCCCCUUGGGGACUGGGGACUGUGUCUAUAUCUCAUCUGUGAGCUUCUUUCCCAGCGCUUAGCCCAGUGCUUUGCACACAGUAGGCGCUUAGUAAAUACUACUAGAGCAUCCUCCUCCCCUCCCUUCCUCUCCCCCCCACCACCCCGGGAAGUCCUGUGGCCUUUGGAAAGCUGGUCCCCAUGUCGGUGAGGAGGCAGUGAGACUCCGUUGAAGGUUUGAGGGGCUUUUAGAUCAAGUGAGCUAGCAAAGCCAGCCCCUUUCAGGGGAUUGCAUCCAGGAAGCUGUUCUAGUGGGUAAUUAAUCAAGGGCAUGGAUGAUGUCUCUUUCAUGCGUGUGAAAUAAAGUUAACGAUUUAACUAAAUACCAAUAUAUGCUUUGUGUAAUCCAGUCAGAAUUCAAAAGACAAAAAGGUAUGCUUGCUUUGGAAUGAUUUUAGGCAUUGUACAACCUUGAAUCACUUGAGCAUGUAAUAACUAAUAAAUAAUGCAGAUCCGAUGUGAUUAUUAAAAUGACUGUAGCUGAGAGCUCUAAUUUUCCUGUCUUGAAACUGUAUAAGAACUCAUGUGAUUAAGUUCACAGCUUAUUGUUUGUCUGUUUAGUAUUUUAGUAAUAUACCAGCACUACUAAUUACCUAAUGUCUUUUAUUUAUUAUAUUAUGAUAAAGUAAAAUUUUCACUCGCAUUAAUUCCAAAAUUAGAAGGUAAUUACUGGGAGCAGAACACUCUGUUCUGACUGUGACAGGCAGUUUUUACAGGAAAGCACUAUGUUGUUUACAUCUUUUCUAGAGCAGGUGUACAGCCAGAGGAGAAAAAAAAAAUAUGUUAAAAUUCAGUAUCUGAGCAACAUACCAAAUACAGUUAAAACAAAUGUAAAUAAAAGAAAAUACAUCGUGAAUAAAAGUAU